AUGGCUCCUGUUUAUGUAGUUGAGAAGGACAGCUUUCGUGACCUCAUCAAAGUCCUUGAUCCGUGGUACGUUAUGCCCGGUCGUAAGCACUUCAGUAAAGUUGAGUUGCCUCGCUUAUAUGAUGCAUGCCGGGCCAAAGUAGAGAAGGAUGUUUGCAGUGUCGUGCAUUAUGCCUUGAUGACUGACCUAUGGACGAGCAGAGAUACACAGCCCUACAUGAGCGUAACCAUCCCUUUCAUUAACAAAGACAGCACCCUCUGUGCUCGCUGUUUACAGACUGCAUACUUUCCAGAUGACCACAGCAGUCUGGAGCUGAUGGAUAAACUUCAACACAGGAUCCUGGAGGAGACAGAUCCUUUCCAAAGCAGCAUGGCUGUGCAGCCAGUUGCCGUCCAGCUGGAGAAAGAGGGAGACAAGUUUGCUCUGAUGCUGGACACUCGAGGCUUUUCCCCAGAGGAGCUGUCUGUCAGGCAGGUGGGCAGGAAGCUGAGAGUCAGUGGCAAGACAGAGAAGAAGCAGGAGGACGGGAAAGGCUCGUACUCUUACAGACUGCAGGAGUUCAGACAGGAGUUUGAUCUGCCUGAAGGACUGAACCCUCAAACCCUCACGUGCCACCUGUCUCCAGAUGGGAAGCUCCACAUCCAGGCAGCCAAAGCUCCGUGUGUUGAAGAGGCUGAGAGAGAGCUGACUAUCAAGAGGAGCUCAGAGGACAAAGCACAGCAGAGUGUGUGUUCACAGGCAGAAGACAGCAGGACAGAGACACACAGCAGCACACAGGACAAACCUGAAAACAUGGAUAUGAAAUGA